GAUCUCCAGAUCAACGGUCAAAAAUCAUCCAUGACCUAAUUAAAAUUUGUCAAGAAUGGGGGUCUUCAUAACCAUUAACCAUGGAGUGCCAGAGAGCCUGAUGAAGGCGAUGAUUGAUGCAUGCCAUGGAUUUUUCAAUCUGCCGGACGAGGAGAAGCAGGAUUUUAAAUCGGGGGACGAUGUGCUAGGGACGUUCAAGUAUGGGACCAGCUAUAAUCUGGCAUUGGACAAAUUCCUUCUGUGGAGGGACUUGUUCAAGGUGAGAGUACAUCCUGAGUUCUACUCCCUCUACAAACCGGGUUGCUUUAGUGAGGUGUCAAUGGAGUUCAGCAAGGGAAGCCGAGAAGUUGCAUUAGAGAUAACAAGAGCAAUUUCAGAAAGCCUGGGAUUGGAGCCAAACUACAUAUACGACGCAAUGAACAUGGAUCGUGGCAUACAAAUAAUCGCUGCAAACUACUACCCACCAUGCCCUCAGCCGGAACAUGCAAUUGGUAUACCACAUCACACUGAUCAUGGCCUUGUCACUCUCCUCAUCCAGAAUAAGAUGAAUGGCCUCCAAGUUGAGCACAAUGGAAAAUGGCUUACCGUCGAUGGCCCUGCCAACGGUCUCUUCUUUAACCUUGCUGAUCAGAUGCAGCACAAGGCAAAUAUGACUUUUUCUGUUCCAAAAAUUGACGGUCUCUUAGGAGUCAUUACUAUUCGACUCAAUGAUGAUAAUUUUGUGAAAUGGAAUUAUCAAUUGCAAUCUGUCCUUCAAGGCUAUGAUCUAUAUGGUCACUUUGAUGGCACCUCUGUGUGUCCACCUAAAUAUGUUGUUACUGAAUCUGAGGGAGUAACUACUGAGAUUUCUGAGGACUAUCGACAUUGGCUUCAACUGGAUAAGGCUUUGCUUAGAAGGGUAUUCGUCGCGCAAAAAUGA